AUGGGCAACUGUUCUAUUACACUUCCUCACAGGAGAGAAUGUCUGCUUACAGACUGUUCCAAGAAACUUGAUGAAAAAGAACAGGAUAAAAUAAAGAAAACAACAACAAAAAAGACAAAAGUCAAAGAGGCAAAGAAGGUCCUGAAGAAAAAAUUUAAAGUGAAUACAAAAGUCACUUUCAAUGAAGAGGGAGAGGUGAUUCAGCAGUGGCCACCAGUACAAAAGAGCAAACUAGAUAAUGACCAGGAUGAUGACAAGGGAGGAAUAAAUAUGGAGAAAGCAAAAGAAAGGCUACGAGAAGAGGACAAAUAUGACAAAGAAGCAUAUAGAAUGAAGAUAAAAGAAAAACAUCGACUAAAAAGACUUAAGGAGAAAGCAGAAAGAAAGGCAACCAGACCAAAAGAUCAACCUGAAGAGGAAGCUGUUGCUUACCUUGAUCAGAGUGAUGGUGAAGAUGAGUUUGACCCUGCUGACCUUCCUGAUCCUGAUAAGUACAUAGAUUCUGAGGAGGAUGAUGAUGGCCAUAUUUCUGAAGCUACUGAAAAUCUCAGCUGGGAAGUUAGUCAUUUCGAUCUGUCAACAAGUAAAGAGGAUACUGCGAGUGUAGCAUUAAAGGAGAUGUCAGGCCCAGUUUAUCAUGAAUACUGUUACUGUCCAGAAGUGGAGCCCCAGAUAUGGAAAGAUACUGUAUCGUGCCCUGCAGAAGAGGAACAGAUUUCUAGUGACUUCGUUAAUUUUCCCAGUAUAGACCUCUCGCUCCUCCUAGAAGAAGUACCAAACAGAUUUGGUGAUCGAGGAAUUGUUCAUUACACCAUAUUGGAUAACCAGAUUUAUCGACGAACUAUGGGACGGUACACUGACUUCAAAAUGUUUUCAGAUGAAAUGCUGCUUUCUUUAGCCAGGAAAGUUCGAUUGCCUGACGUUGAAUUCUAUGUAAAUGUAGGCGAUUGGCCACUGGAAACUCGUCAAAUGAAGGAUAAUCCGUUGCCCAUCAUUUCUUGGUGUGGCUCUGAGGAUACUGCGGAUAUUGUCCUUCCGACAUAUGACAUAACACGCUCUACAUUAGAAACGCUACGUGGUGUGACAAAUGACCUCCUCUCCAUUCAAGGACAAACUGGUCCUGCCUGGGUCAAUAAAACAGAGCAAGCUUUUUGGAGAGGCAGGGACAGUCGAGAAGAGAGGUUGAAACUAGUGAGGAUCUCCAAAAAGAAUCCUGACCUUUUGGAUGCUGGAAUAACUGCCUAUUUCUUCUUUCGUGAAGAAGAAAAAGAACUUGGAAAAGCACAACUGAUCAGUUUCUUUGACUUCUUUAAGUAUAAAUACCAAGUGAAUGUGGAUGGUACUGUGGCAGCUUACAGGUUCCCGUACCUUAUGUUGGGUGACAGCCUUGUGUUGAAGCAGGAUUCUAAAUAUUAUGAGCAUUUCUACACAUCUCUGAAGCCAUGGAAACAUUAUGUUCCACUGAAGAGAAAUAUGAGUGAUGUUAUUGAGAAGAUUAAGUGGGUGAAGGAUAAUGAUGCUGAAGCACAGAAAAUUGCCAGAUCAGGACAAGCUCUAGCUAGAGAGCUCCUGCAACCUUCAAGUCUUUAUUGUUACUAUUACUUAGUAUUACAGGAGUAUGCAAAACGGCAGACUUCUCAGCCUGAAAUCCGCAAGGGAAUGGAGCAUGUUCUUCAGCCAACUGAUAAUGAAUCUUUCUGUGACUGCAAGAGAACAGCCAAUAUAAAGGAAGAACUUUAACUGUAAUCAGCAUAAUUGCCUUUGUUAACUUUGUAUGCGUUACUUGAAAAAAUCUCUCUUCCUUUCUUCAACUGUUUCCAGAAAGAGCCUGAAGUAAUGUGCAUUUAGAUGUGAAUUAAAAUGUCACUUACAGUAGCCAUUAUUCACCACACUUUUUUCCCCUCUAAACCUAGUGCUGCUUUUGUGUAUAAUGUUAAUUUUAUCCUCAUGGUGUCAAAUUGACUAUAUGAAAUGUGAAAUUAGAAAUUAAACUUGUAGCAGGAGUGAUGUGCUGAAGUUUCUAACUUAGAAUUAGUUUGUAGUUAAUCAAGCCGUAAUUUGCAAUUCAAGACACACCAAAUAUAUUUCACUUGAUUUUGUCAGUAAGCACAAUGCAAGGUGUUGUGUAUAGUCUAUCAGGGUUCUUCUGACUUGAUUCUAGAAUCAACCUGAUAUUUAUUAUGGGACCAUUUUCAAACCAGUUUACUUCAACACAGAUUCACUGUAUAGGUUUUAUAUUUAUAGAUACUGAUUCUAUUAAGUCUGUUUUGUAAAAUACAAUUCUAAUAUACUUUCUCAAAAUGUUUUAUUUUAAAAUAGUCAUGCCAGAUGUGCUGAAAUUUGUAAGAAAUACUAAACUGUAUGUUGUAAAGUAAGUUAAUAUUCACAGUAUAAAGAACUAGUAGAAUGAGUUAUGAUUCAAAGAGAUGAGGUUCCAGAACUGAUAAUCAUCACCAGUGCAGUGUGGUUCAUUGUUUUCCCUAGUAGAGCGUUUCAAUAUCAAACUGUUUACCUUUUUAGGAAGGAAAUAAGUAAUACAAAUGAUAUAUCUAUUAAGUCUUAUGCUAGAAAUCACAUUGCAUUGACUAUAAAUGAUUCAUGACAGAUUAGUUCAUUCUUUAGACAUGUGCUGUUUCUCUUAGGUUCCUGGAUUCAUUCAGGGACUGUGAAAUGUAAACAUGUGGCCACAUCUUCCGUGUUCUUUUAAUCACAUCUAGUCCAUACUAGCUGUGAUCUGAUCACAUUUCUGUGUUCCAAACGAUAUGGAGCAAUGAGCUAUACUAUCUUAGAUCUUCACUGGGCGUAUAUAUUUGAUUUGUUUACGUAGGCUAAGCUAGCAAACAACUGGCUAUAAAUGGGUCAGUUCCACUUAACAAGUACUCAUUUUAUUAUUUUUUUGGUGAGAUGUGAGCAGUGCAUCCUUCCCAAGGUCAGCAUUCAUUGUUCAUCUAAUUGUUUUGGAGAAGAUGGGGUGAUUUGCUGCCUUUAACUACUGCAGUCCGUCUCAUGGAGAUGCAGUUCUGGGAUUUUGACCCAACGACAAAAAGGAUUGUCAAUUAUAGUUCCAAUUCAGAAAGGUAUGGCUUAGAGGGGAGCUUGUAGUUAGUAGUGUUCCCAUGUGUCUGCUGCCCUGUUCUUUUAUGUGGGUUUGGAAGGUGCUAUCAAAGGAAACUUAGUGAGUUUCUGCAGUGCAUAUUGUAUAUGGUAUACACUGCUGCCACUAUGCUUUGGUAAAGUCAAUGUUUGGUGGGGUCAGUUAACUGAGUUGGCUGGUUUGUUACACAGAGUGAUGCCAACAACAAGGGUUCAAUGCCUGUGCUGUGGUAACCCUCUGGUUAAACUCUCCACCAGUCAUUUCUCUCUAAUGAGCGACCAGCCUCUGUUCCUCUGAUAACUUAACCAUUUCAAUUUCAAAUGUUUAAAGUGGUGAUGGGUUGUCAGUCACUGCUUUGUCUUGGAUGGUGAAGAGUUUCUGGAGUGUUGGAACUGCACUCAUCUAAACUCCUGAAUUGUCCCUUGUUGGUCGGCCGGCUUUGGAAAUGAGGAAAUUACUUGCUAUAGACUUCCCACAUCUGCUGUUGUCACAGUAUUUGUGCGUAGUGGUUACUUUUCAGAUCAAUGGUAAUCUCUAGGGUGGCAUUGCAGGAUUCAGUGAUGCUGAUGCUGUUAAAUGUCAAGAGGAGGUAGUUAAGUUCUCCCUUGUUGGAGUUGGAGAUGGAAACUGAAUGGUGUCAAUGUUUCUGUCACUUAUCAACUUGUGUUCUUUAGGUCUUGCUACAUGUGGACAUGGACUACUUCCGUAUCUGCAAAAAAGCAAAUGAUGCUGAACAUUGCAAUGAUCAAUGAACACACCACUCUGACUUUAAUGUGUCAAGUCUUUGAACUGUGUUUGUAUCAAUUCCUUCAUUCCUUCCUUCCUUCCUUCCUUCCGUCACUGUACACGUCUGCAUUCUGGUCAUCAUUGAGGAAAUAAAACAUGUGGUUCCAUAAA